UUUCUUAAAACGACGGUCAUGCACUUAAUAUGAUAUUCAUAUAUCAAUUCCCCACCACUGAUCUGAAAAUGUUAUGUUGACGGCCAAGGUCAAAGCAUUGGUCUUGUACCGGUAAUUUGAGUUUUCUUUGUUUUUGUUGUGCUUCAUUUCAAUUAUGCAUUUCUUUACCUACUGUUCAUAAGUGAUACUUUUUCAUUUGGGUGGAAAAAAACAACUAAAAAAGUACUGCAACUUUUCUCUAUAAUGACUUCACUGCACUCUACCUUCAAAGAAUCAUUUCCCACCAGUGCAAAGCUUCUCAAUAAUUUGGCUGAAAACCAUGUAUUUCCUUUUUUUUUAAAAUCAGUACACCAGAAAAGUUGACUGUGCUAUUGUAAUGCCAUUCGCGCCGUCACCACGGGGUGGCAGCAUUACUACAUUACAUUUCGCAAGUACUUUUCUGUGUGUGUGUGUGUGUGUUUUUGCAGCUAUUUGAUAGACGAUGUCCUCAGCACGUUUUAAUCUGUGACCUACAUUUUUGUGAUAUUUUCCCCUGAUCUUUGCAGAAAUGUGCACGUUUGUCAGCAUCAAAUGUCUCUUGUAGUUUCUUGUAGCUAAGAGCAUAUACUGUACAAUGAAACCACAGUGUGUGUGUAAUUGAUGGAAAAUAUGUUUGAUUAGCGCUCGACAUGAUUCAUCUCCUGCAGUCUAAGAAAAUGCAGUGUGAAAAAAAAGACUGUUUUAAUAUUUAAUCUGUUCUGAUAAUGUUUAUAUCUUGGAGCGUCUUCCUGAUGGGACCGCAGUUCUACCUUGAAGGCUGAGCUGUCGGUGGAUGAUAGCACAAUUACUCCUCUUUUCUGAGGGUCAACUGUCUCGCUGCCGAUGGGAAAUGCUCCAAAGAACUACCGGUACUAGAAAUAUGUGACCCUCGGUGGAAAAAAGUUGGACACCGCUGCCGUAGAGUAAAUCUCUAGACAUGCACUUUGCACAGUAAAUGCAGCUUGUAAAAGCCAACUAUCGAGAGCCAAAUCCUGACACAGAUUUGGGUCUCAGAAGAGUACUCUUACGUCUGCUUUGCACCAGCAGGAAAGGCAACAAAUGAGCAUCUGACCACAUUGAAGGACUUCUUACUCAGCUGUGUAAGGUGGGGAAAUAGAGCAACUAAGGUAAGAUGAUUGCAGGUACUGUAUUUUGUCAGUACAUGUGAACAAUAGUGUUUUAUUUUUUUUCCUCUGGCCUUGAGUAAUCGCAGAUAAUAGGGUUUAAGGUUUAAUGGCUCCACAGUCCAUUCCUCCAGUGCAGGUUGAUUUGGUAUAAAUGAGGUCUUAAUAUUAGUGCUCACAGUGGACAUGCCAUAAUCACUGUUUUCCCUGUAAGGUUGCCAUGUCAGGCUAGCAUGUAAUGUGCUCUUUACCUUUUAUGUGCUCGUGUUUCAGUUUAUUUCUCUCCCUCUGGCUGAUGCUUUAAUUCACCAGGGAAGUAAAAAAAAAAAACACUCAACCUCCCGCCUUUGGGCCUAAGUGUCAUUCCAUCACCAUUCUCUAAUCCCUCCAGAGUCAAAUUAUCCCCCAGACACCCCAGUUAUUGCUCCACUCUCCCAAAAUGUGUCACGCUGGUGUAAAAUGAGAAGAAAUAUUUACCCAUGCUCCACACGAGCAAGCCUAUCUAUUGCUGUCACGCAGGCCUCGGAGCAGGGUCUGCAUUUUCUCUAAUAUUCCUCUCCCGCCAUUGCGAGGCGGCUUCUGAUCAUAAUCUCUGCUUUCACUGUCCCCUGGGACUUUUGGUUUCAUGUGGGUUGCCUUUCCUGUAGUGAAACCCCUCUUUAAGGGAUUACAGCGCCGUGCCCGCUCAAGGCACUGGGCUGAUCCAAAGUCUGCUGACGGCAUUUAAUUACUCACGUAAUGUGCUAAUAUUAUUAGACUGGCUGAACAUCGUAUUGAUGAGUAGUCACAAAAUAAUGUAAUUUUUCAUUAUUAGUACUUAUCCGAGAAGAACACUUAUUAGAUUUAAAGCAUCUCUUUUGGGGUAAGGUUGCAACGGAAGUGUAUUAUCUUCCUCUUUCAAAGUUCUUGCAUUUUUUUUCCCCCAACCCAAGUGUUUGCGCAAAUGUCUGCUUUCACUACAUCAGCAGGUCACAGGUUGCUAAGCGACCAUGUGGAGUUGGGGGAUGGCCAAAGAGACUAGCAUCUGGUCAACGGGGGCAGACGGUCAAAAGCAUUACAGGAAGAACACUUGUCACUCCCACUUUAAUACCUCCACUCAGUCCACUUAUCUUGGCCAGAAACUGUUUUCUGACAUCCAGAUUGGAGUUAUUUCGAUUCCAGACUAGUGACUAACGUGAGCACACAUUGUUCACGCCAGGGCAUAUCCAUGUCGGAAUGAUGACGCUGAUGAUGGCUGAUUGUUACAGUCCUCUUGUUCUCUCAAGGUAACAAGACCAGUGUGCGAUCAAGGCUUCGUGUCUCACAUGCUUGGUCGCUGCAGGAGACAGGCCAUGUCGGUAAUGCUGGGUCAACCAGGACAAGCUGGACUGAUUUGCAGUUUCUAGACAAACAGCUAAAGCAGCAAGAGUGCAGACUGCAGCAGGACCAGGACCUUCUCCUCCUCAUUUUUGAAAAGCAGAUGAAGAAAGGAGAGUCCUGUUUUUCCAGGAGGAUCCACCGAGUGUUUCCUGGCAUAUUGCAGAGAGAGCAGGUUUAAGUCUGGCGUCACAAGCCGCUCUCAGGACCCCCGCUCAACCUUUGGGACCAACUUGCCCCCCGCCCCACCCCCCUCCACCACCUCUUCAUCCUCAUCAGCUGUAAGAUGACUGCGCCUCUGUGCUGACGAGGCGUUGGCGAGCAGCAGUAAUGGGCGCUGUGCUGGCCGGCAUCCCCACCACCCCCUCAGACACCGCUCUGCCACCGUCACCACCACCCUGCCCCCCCAGGACGGGCGCUCUCCUCAGCCCCGCCGAUGGGCGAAGACACUGACACGACCCUGACGCUCAACCACCACGGCUUCCUCCCCGACCACAACUAUGUGACUGAAGUAGCUCCCUUUGUUGCACUGUGCUCUGACUGGAGUGGAAUUACCUCCAGGGAUGGAUGAGGGCUUUGCUUUAAAUACUCAAAAAUCCAAAUAUUUUGCCUUUUUUCACGUUUGGGAAUACAUUAUUCAUGAUCUAUUUUUUUUAAAAAGCGCUCUAUUGGGUUGUUAAGUUGUUGGUUCAGCCUGUUACCCGAAAAUCUUGCACAUAAAUGAGCCAUCAAUCGAUGCAUUUCUUGCCUUGUCAUAGUAUUGCUCUGAAUUUCACUACUUGAUUAUGAUUUCCCAAAGAAAAACUAAGAUGCCAUCCUUCUUUGAUAAUAGAUAAGAUCUGAAGAUACAGUACAUACAAAAAGUAUUUAAACUACUUACAUACAAAUUCCUCAAGGGUGUUUACCCAAAUAUGUAAUAAAAAUAGUAUUGACUCAAAUUACAAGGUUAAAAAGAGGAGGUGUUUAUGGCCUAAGUCAACUUUUUGAGGAAAUGGGGCAUAUUUGAUUUCGGCACAGGCACACACUUACAGGGAUCCUAUGAUUUCCGUGUUAACAGAAUUGCGGAAUUGGCCAAUAAAAACGGAAUCUACUGUUAAAUGCAGAAUCUCACGGAAAUUGACAGAAUGUGAAUGGAAUGCUGUCAUCGUGAGGAGAAGGAACGUUUGUGUAGGGAAGUAUUUCCUCGGCGGACCGCUCAAUCAUGGUGGAAUCUCAUCACAAACACUAGCCCACCCCUCCCGAACUAAAAUGUCAAAAACUGUGACCCGAAACACUGGCAAAAGUUGGCAAAACCCCUCUCUUAUGGUGCGUGAAUGGGAGCUAGCGGGGUCAGCUUAGUUUAGCAGAGCAUGCUAGUGCGACUGUGUGUGUGUGACUCAGGCUGUAUGAGUGUGUUUUAGCGUUCAUGUUCAAGUAAACGAGUAUUUUACGAUGCCCGCUGACGUCGUGCAAGUUCUGCGUGAAAUAAGGACAAUAGACAUUCUCAAUACACACAACACACUUCCUGCCUUCAAAAUAAGAGCGCUGUUCGACACAUACUGUCUAAUUGUUUAAACAAAAUAAGGUUGCCAUAAAAAAUAUCUUUCAUUUUUAACGCGAUUGGAAUUGCAUCGGUGACUACGUCUUCCUGAACCACAAGCACAGGUGUUACAGUUUGUUGAAUAUUUGUGCGUGAAGAGGCUGACGUCCAAUUAGAAAAGUUAGCCAAGCUCCAUCCGUUUCUGAACUACUGGGCAAAACUGGCCAAUGAUGUAUUGCAUCAAUAAAUGUCAGGAUUUUUGCAUUUAAUUCACCGACCUUUUUAUUUACUGUCACAAAAGUACACACUCUAUGCUGGUAAAAUAAGUGUAAACGGAAUUUGGGAAAAAAUACAACUGAUUUCAUUGGCCCGUACAUUUAGGGAAAGAGCCUAACAUGAAGUCUACAGAUGUUCAUUUAGCUCUUUCUAUGUGUCCGCCUUGCAUGACUUUCUCCUCUCCGUGCAAAACAGGCCCGUUAGAUACAGUAUGAUCACAAAUACACCGCCUCUCUGUCUUCUUUGGUGAGUACUCAUGGCCAAAUAUGGUGAUGUAGUAACUCAGACCCCACCCCUUCCUUCCUUCCGUCCUUUCCCUUUGCACCUAUCCUCCCUCCAUCCCUUACUCCUCUUGCAGGGCUGCUCCUGGCUAUAGCCUGAAGAGCUCCGCCCAUCCUGUCCACCCCUCUCCACCUUGGAGUCCUCCCCCAGGAUGUUGAGCCCCAUCCAGGUGCUGUGCUCCGACAUCACUACCCUUUCUCUGGAGCCUGAGCCGUUUGCCUCUUACACUGAAGCUGACAUCAUCUCCACUGUUGAGUUCAAUCACACGGGAGAGCUCCUGGCCACUGGGGAUAAGGGGGGCCGAGUGGUCAUCUUUCAGAGGGAACCUGAGAGCAAAACCGAGCUGUUCUCCCAGGGCGAGUACAACGUCUACAGCACUUUCCAGAGUCAUGAGCCUGAGUUUGACUACCUUAAGAGUUUGGAGAUCGAAGAGAAGAUCAAUAAGAUCCGAUGGCUGCCUCAGCAGAAUGCUGCGCACUUUCUUCUCUCUACCAAUGAUAAAACCAUUAAGUUGUGGAAGGUGAGCGAGCGAGACAAACGGCCGGAGGGAUACAACCUGAAAGAUGAGGAGGGUCGCAUCAAGGACAUCUCCACUGUCACCUCCCUACAGGUGCCUGUUUUGAAGCCCAUGGACUUAAUGGUGGAGGUGAGCCCGCGGCGAGUGUUUGCCAACGCCCACACCUACCACGUCAACUCCAUCUCGGUCAACUCCGACCACGAAACAUACAUGUCGGCCGAUGACCUGAGGAUCAACCUUUGGCAUCUGGACAUCACCGACCGCAGCUUCAACAUUGUGGACAUCAAGCCAGCCAACAUGGAGGAUCUGACAGAGGUGAUCACAGCGGCCGAGUUUCACCCCCACCACUGUAACCUGUUUGUCUACAGCAGCAGCAAAGGCACCUUGCGCCUCUGUGACAUGAGAGAAGCGGCGCUGUGCGACCGACACUCCAAAUUGUUUGAGGAGCCGGAGGACCCCAGCGCUCGCUCCUUCUUCUCCGAGAUCAUCUCCUCCGUGUCCGACGUCAAGUUCAGCCACAGCGGGCGCUACCUGCUCACCAGAGACUACCUGACUGCCAAAGUGUGGGACCUCAACAUGGAGAGCAAGCCCCUGGAGACCUACCAGGUCCACGAUUACCUCCGCAGCAAGUUGUGCUCCCUUUAUGAAAACGACUGCAUCUUCGACAAGUUUGAGUGUGCCUGGAACGGCUCGGACAGCGUGAUCAUGACAGGAGCCUACAACAACUUCUUCCGCAUGUUCGACCGCAACACCAAGCGCGACGUGACCCUGGAGGCGUCCCGCGAAAGCAGCAAACCUCGGGCCGUCCUCAAGCCGCGGAGAGUGUGCGCCGCCGGCGGGAAGCGGCGGAAGGACGACAUCAGCGUGGACAGCCUGGACUUCACCAAGAAAAUCCUGCACACGGCUUGGCACCCGGCGGAGAACAUCAUCGCCAUCGCCGCCACCAACAACCUGUACAUCUUCCAGGACAAACUCAACUCAGAGAUGCACUCGUGAGGCGGACGCACAACUAUGCCAGAAUGUACACACAGGAAGCCGAAAGAGUAUAUGUCUUAUGUCACGUCAUCAACCUCUGAGAACUGGAAGGACCUCAAGCAGGCGAGAGGAUGGGAUGAUGGAGAUGGAGAGAUGUUUACAUGUUAUUCUUUCUUUCCUCACUUUUUAGCCAUAUACUCCUUUUCCUUUUCCUUAUUUGUGUCACUGGCUGGAUGGUUCAUUUCAGUUCCACCACCCCCACUGUUGUUUUUGUAACUUCUUCUGUGUGAUGAUGUCUAAGGACGCAUACGAGACCCUCCCCCCCACCGAGACCUGGAUAUAAGCUGGGCUCAUGAUGCUCCUUCGCAGACAGAAGCAGAAUUCCCGCCAUAACGUGUGGACGCACACAGGUAUCUCCUCCACACGAAUGUGCAGAUCUUCUCACAGAUUCUGCAUCUGGGGCUGCAUUUUGUUCUACUUUAAUACAAUGAAAGCAAAAAAAAAAAGAAGCAAAAUGAUGCUGCAUGUCCAACAGACUUAGCCUAUACUGUAGACUGACUAACGGACUUGGCUGCCUUCUUACUUAACCAUUUAGACCCAGCUGUACAAACGCUUACAGCACGAGGAAACCACAGAUGACCGAGCUCUCUUUACCUUUAUGCGCGUCUUUGGACGCUGACGCAUGUUUACCAAGUGUUGGGUUCUUCCACUUACAAGUUCAUAUUUGAAUGAAGUUAACAAGAACCCACUCAGUGAAAAGGAGAACCGGAUGCGGAAUGUUUCGGAUUAUGUCAAAAAAGGGCCUAAAUGAUGUCUGUAUGUACCAACUCCGUUUUUUUUAAAAUCCAUAAACAGACUUGUGGACUUGAUGAUUUACCAGAUGAUUGCCUCCAAAGCGACAGCAGAGAGAUGCUUCUAUCAUCUCUUCAGCCUUCCUCACUGAUUACUUUGCUAAUGUGCAGAACACUUUAUUUUUGGAGAACAAUUUAUUCUUUUAUUUCCCUUUUUGAAUAAUGAAAAGAAAUGUCCAGUUUUCUCCAUGUGCUGACUAAGCUAAUGUCAACAAUUUUUUGCAUAUUUUUGUUUUUUUUUUCAUGUAUGUUGAUGACAAACUUGUCAAAAAGACAGGUACAAAAAAAUGUUGGGGUUUUUUUUUUGGAAUAAAGAUUUCAAUAAUUGCACCCAU